GCGUUGAGCCAUGUUGUAGGAAAUCCGCUUGCGGGCGGCGGAUUAUUGUAAUCCGACAGAGAGGGUCUGGACGACACCUCGGAUCACGACAGAGGAGCGGAGCCCAGCAGCAGCGGCGGCGGCGGCCUGUAACGACAAUAAAGGGAUAAAGUUGAGAUAUGAUCUGACGCGCUGCACCUGAAGGCAUCAUCAGCGGUGCCCGGGCCGUUUCCUGGACCAGUCCAUCCGCCUGACACACACUGACAGCGGCUCGGCAUCCCUGCAGCGCACCGCGGAGCACAGCGGAGAGCAGAAAGCUUUAAUUUGUUAGUGAAGGAGCUCUCCUCCUCCUCCUCCUCCUCCUCCUCCUCCUCCUCCUCCUCCGCCUCCUCCUCCUCCACCGGCGGCUUUAACUCAGCUCGGCUUGGCUCGGCUCGGCUCGGUCUGUCUGCGGAGUGAAGCUGCUCCGAGCCGAACUUAGCUAGCGCGGCUAGCUCACUGCAGCUAGCUAGCUAGCUCGGAAGGAAUUCAUCAAGUUUAGUUAGUAAUUUAGCGAUUUUUGCGACGCGCAGCCGAACGAGGAGGCAGAAUGUCGGCGAAAGACCAAAACAAACUCUCCACCACUGAACGACCGAUUAAAGCGGUGCCAUAUCCUCCCGGUACACGCCUGUCGGUCAAAGACCUGUAUGUGGACGGGAGGCCCAGCGUGGAGGUGCUGAAGGCCCAUCUGGUGAAGGAGGGCCGGCUGGAGGAGGAGACGGCUCUACGGAUCAUCAACGAGGGAGCCGGCAUCCUGCGCCAGGAGAAAUGCAUGCUGGAGGUGGAGGCUCCCAUCACAGUGUGUGGGGACGUCCACGGGCAGUUCUUUGACCUGAUGAAGCUGUUCGAGGUGGGCGGAUCCCCCAGCAGCACCCGCUACUUGUUCCUGGGAGACUACGUGGACCGAGGGUACUUCAGCAUCGAGUGCGUACUGUACCUGUGGGCUCUGAAGAUCAACCACCCCAACACCCUCUUCCUCCUCAGAGGCAACCACGAGUGCCGGCAUCUCACAGAGUACUUCACCUUCAAACAGGAGUGUAAAAUAAAGUACUCCGAGCGUGUAUAUGACGCCUGCAUGGAUGCGUUUGACUGCCUGCCUCUGGCGGCGCUCCUCAACCAGCAGUUCCUCUGUGUGCACGGAGGUCUGAGCCCUGAAGUCACCUGCCUGGAUGACAUACGGAAGCUGGACCGGUUUAAAGAACCUCCGGCGUUCGGGCCGAUGUGUGACCUGCUGUGGUCGGACCCAGGGGAGGACUACGGCUCAGAAAAGACCCAGGAACACUUCUGCCACAACAGUGUGAGAGGCUGCUCUUAUUUCUACAGUUACCCAGCAGUAUGUGACUUCCUGAUGAACAAUAACCUGUUGUCUGUAAUACGAGCACAUGAAGCUCAGGAUGCAGGGUAUCGAAUGUACAGGAAAAGUCAGACGACAGGCUUCCCUUCUUUAAUUACGAUCUUCUCUGCUCCUAACUACCUGGAUGUGUACAAUAACAAAGCGGCGGUGCUGAAAUAUGAGAAUAAUGUGAUGAACAUCCGGCAGUUUAACUGCUCCCCUCACCCCUACUGGCUGCCCAACUUCAUGGACGUCUUCACCUGGUCUCUGCCCUUCGUCGGAGAGAAAGUGACAGAGAUGCUGGUGAACGUGUUGAACAUCUGCUCUGACGAUGAGCUGAUGUCAGAAGGGGACGACACGUGUGAGGGUGGAGCUCCAGCCGUCAGAAAGGAAGUCAUCAGAAAUAAGAUCCGGGCGAUCGGAAAGAUGGCUCGUGUCUUCUCGGUGCUCAGAGAGGAGAAUGAGAGCGUGUUACAGCUGAAGGGGCUGACCCCAACAGGAACGCUGCCUGUGGGAGUUUUGUCCGGUGGUCGGCGAACCCUGCAAAGCGCCACCGUAGAGGCAGAAGAGGCACGAGCCAUUCAAGGCUUCAACCCGCAGCACAAGAUCCAGAGCUUCGAGGAGGCUCGAGGUCUGGACCGCAUCAACGAGAGGAUGCCCCCCCGCCGCGACAGCAAGCAGCAGGAGGCCGCCCCCUCCCUCAACAACCUGCCGGCCAGCACCGGACCUCCGGACAAGAACGGCACCAACGCACAGGCCUAAAUCCUCCCCGUCCUUUACUCCCCUUUAUCUCUCCUUCUUCUUCCUCCUCCCUUCCUCCUCCUCUCCUUGCUUCCUUCCCUUCCCCCCUUCUCUCCUUUAAGAGCAGGAGAAGAGGCAGUUCAGUCCGAGCGACUCUCGCCACGCUUAAUUUAUUUUAUCAUCUAUUAAAUAUCAUAGUUUAAGACUGAACAGGAUGAAAUCUCAAACCGUACGUGGACUCUGCUGAAGGCAAUCAUCAUCACCGCCCGGUCCAGUCGACGCAAAUCCAUUUUAUAUAAUAAGAAUAAUGAUAACGAUCAGGAGGCUGUCGCUUUAUUCAGGACGACGCCUUCCUUUCUAUCAGCGUUUUAUUUUGGCGAGGGAGGAAGUCAUUCAAACGCUGUGUUCGUGCCCACACACACACACACACACACACACACACACACACACACACACACACACACCAGAAGCGACAGAAUCAGAUAAAUCCAUCCUUUCUUAUGCCAAUGAUAGUGUGACUGAGCUCUGAGGAGCGAGUAUUGACAUUUAUAUUAUAUAUGUAUAUUUUAAUUGUUCCCUCUUUUCAAUGUGAUGUUUUUUUUUUUGUUUUUUACAACACAUAGAUUUAGGCUUAAUUAUCCAGAGUGGGGGGGAGUGGGCGCAGAAACACAGAGGGGGAAUUAAAGGGUUAUUCCGCUUUAUUGCAACUCGGGUCUUAAAGUUUGAAGUUCGUUAUUAAAAGGAAACUUCUCAAUUUUCAACCUGGAUCCUUUCACCCAUGUUUUUGUGUCUACGUGUCUGAUUGUUUUUGAAGCUGGUCCAGAGCUGAGCGAGACAAACAGGCUGCAGUGUAACCACUCUGUUCACACCGUCAGUGUCCGUCCACUGACAGUGUUUGUUUUGUCACUGACAGGCUCAGACUGUUAUUCUAAGUGAAAGGAUCCCUACAGAGAUAGAGCUUUGUGUUAAAGAGUCAGAUCCUUUUUGUUUAACCAGAAACAGCCCUGAAAUCACCGUCACCAAACCCACCAGCCUGCAUUUAGAUAAACAGUCAUGUUAGUGUGUAUAGAGGCAGCAUGAUGUCACAUCUAACUGGUGAAUUAAGGGUUAAUUUCAACCAAACCAGAGCUGGUGAUUGUUGGACCAAGAUGGUUUGUGUGAGUUUUAUUUUGUUUCUAUUGACUUUGAAUGAAGUGUGUUUUAUCUCUGUAGGGAUCCUUUCCAAAACUUAGAAUAACAGUCUGAGCCUGUCAGUGACAAAAACACGGUUAGUGGACGUAUGUUUCACCGCUGCUGCAGCGCUGUCUCUCAGUACUGAACCAGCUUAAAAAAUGACCACUACCAUUCGUCAUUUAGACACAAAACACGAGGGGAAUGGAGCCCAAGUUAAAACACCAAAGUUACCCUGCAGGGUUGGAAACGGUCGUUUGAUGACAGAAUCUUAACUGAAGUUCCACUCGGUGUCUUUUUCUGCAGAGUCGACUCUGUGAGCGGACUCCCUUUAACGAGAUGUGGUUAAAAGCUCCAGAAAAAGUUAGUGACUGGACGGAGAGUUCAGAUUUUCAUGUCAAACAUCAUCUGUCCUGAAAACAUGUUACUCACUGAAGACAAAAGAAAAAGACGUCAUUAGGACGAAAUCUGAUGGGUUGGAAACAAACGUCCAGGUCAGACGAACGCUCUGUCGACUCGCUGCUUCAGCGAUGACUGUGUCUGAAUACACAGUUUGCUGCAUAACGUGUGAUCCAUGUGGAUAAAGAUCAAACAUUCGACAUAAGAAAACACAAUUUAAACAAAAACAUAAAUUAAAAUAAAUAAAUGUGUUAAACCCAUGAAGAAGAAGGAAUAAGAAUAAUUAAGAUCAUCAGCCGAGCAGUCACAAUCAAUAAGACACGAGAAUAAAACAUAAUAAGACACAUUAGUUAAAACCAAUGAAAGACGUAAGAAUUAAAAUUAUUCUCUGAGGUUAAAGUUGUGAAUUAACAAGAGAGAAUAUUUGAUACCCUCUGAGAUUAAAAUUGUAUAUUCAUGAGGAAAAAACCCAGAUUUCUCCUGAGAUUGAAGUGGCAAAUUUCCGAGAACAAGCCUCCAACAUUAUCUGAGAUUAAAAUCAUAAAUAAAGAAAAAAACGUAGAUAUUCUCUGAGAAUAAAGUCAUAAAUCUACUGUGACAAACCUCUGAUAUUCUCUAAGAUUAAAGUGGUUCAUUUACAAAAAGUAGUCUGAUAUUUUCUGAUACUGAAGUGGAUAAAUUUCCAAGAACAAAUGUCUGAUAUUCUCUGAGAUUAUAUUGGUAAAUUAACGGCAGAAAAAUGUUGAUAUUUUCUGAGAAUAAAUGUCAUAAAUGU